ACAGAGGAUCGGCAUCGCAGUCACACGAGCAAGCUACAUGUAUGUCAGUAUGUGGCAUGCUCGCAUUGUUCUGACGUCCGACUCCAAACCUCUAUGCAGCCAUACACUACCUACGUGUGUUAUAGCUUCUCCGGGAAGCCAUAUUUCUGCAGUUCCAACUCCGAAGACGAAGAGCAUCGAAAUAGUUAUCAACAAGUCUGCUACACAUUUAUUUUUUCAUCAGUACCUGCACGCUGCGCAGCGAGAAGAAAGAGUUUUUUGCCUCUGGGAAGAAGAGACAGCUGUGCACAUCUUUUGCUGCGCCAUCGCUUCCGCCUCGCCAGUGUAUUCCACCCUCUGUGAGUACGCACUUGCGUCCAGUUGUCUUUCCUCAAGUCGAGAGCAGAAAUGCACCGCACAAGUCCACUAGCACUGUCACCCAGCGGCGAGGAGCCUUCUCGGGACAUGAAGCUCUUACACCCUGCGCCUAAAUCAUGUAGAAGCGUCAGCGAGGGCUCAAUGGAAGGCACCGCCACCGAUUCAUCCCUGGGCUAUGGCACUCUAACGCGAAAGAAAAGCUCAACAGGCAGUCGUUACUCGACUGGGUCGUCCUGGAGUCGCCGUUCUUCAUCCGCAUCCACCCAUUCAUCAUUCACCUCCUCCAAGCGCUCCUCAAGGACCUCGUUUGGCGAUAUAAGCGCUUCCGAAUCUUCCGAUGGCUCGUUGACGCCGCGCUCAUUGCCAGCAAUAUUCCGCGUGCGCUCAGCAUCUGCCUCCUCGUCGGAUAUAUCCUGUGGGCAGCGGCCCCGCGGAAGCAGUUUUGGGGACGAUGCGGACACCUGCAAAAGCUGUAAGGACUCUGAUAACAGGCAACUCUCAUCGUACUGGAGUGGCGAGGACGGUGUCGCGGAAAACAGAGUCGCCGAGCAAGAGAGAGAACUGGAAGAAGCUGUCACGGAACUGGCCAUAGAGCGAGGCAGGACAGCCAAGAUGGCCAACAUGUUGGAGGAACAAGAAAAGGAGAGACUGCUGUUUGCGUGCCGCACUCUGCACGGAGUGGAGGUUAUGAAGAAGGAGUUUGAGAAGCUGAACAAAGCGAACGAGAAGUCUGGUGUACCAGCACAGGUGCUUCUGCCGCCCGGAUUGAACACGGCGUGGAAGUCCAAGACCAGUCUGCCGUGCGCAGUGGAAAACCCAAACUGCACGCUGUGGAAUGGCGACAUCAUCGUCGGCGGGCACACGUCACAUGACGCCACGGCCGUGGUGCUGCGCUACAAUGUGAUUCUGGACACCUGGAGUGCCUUCCCUACCCAGGAGUGGAUCCGCGUUGACAGUGUGUUCACGCACGACGACGAUCUGUACAUCAUGACGCAGACGGACAUACAAACACCCGGUGCAAUCUAUCGGUGGACCGAGAAGACAGAAGCCGAUGGCGAGGAUACGUGGCAGCAUGUCACGACUCUUCCAUCGGCCCACGGCCUCGGCUCUGCAGUGUGCGUUGGCUCACAGCUCAUAGUCACCGGCGGUGUGUCCGGCAAUCGUUACAGUGUGGCGGUGGACGUGUUUCAGUUCAGCACUCGCCGAUGGUCAUGCCUGCCGAACAUGAAGACAAAGCGAUGCUUCCACAGCUCGUUGGCUCAGGGAAACGAUGUUAUGUUCAUAUAUGGAGGCACGUGCUCGGGUGGCGCAUCGGAAAGUUGCUCCGUGGAGCAAUUCGAUCUCAACCAGCCGUCUUCCUACGACACAGUUGUGAAGCUGCCACACCUCGCCUCAUCCCUGGCUCACUCCACGUCCCUGUUUUUCUCAUGCGGCGGACUGGAGGAGCAGAGUGGCAAGAUGACACCGAGUGCACAGUUCAGUGUCUGGUCCGCAGUCGACCCGGCCAAGAUGCCGGUGAACGAAUGGGUGUCCCUGCCACAGCUGUCAGCUCCCCGUGCGCACACCGCGCUCUGCUUUACCUCGCCGAAGACGGUGCUCGCAAUCGGUGGAGCUGUCCGCAUGUCCGUGGAUGACGCUGAUGAAUGGAGUACAGCUGUCGAGGAACUAACAAUACCAUGAAGCUACUGUCAAUUGCAUCAUUUUAACCUCAGUCUAGUCUUUCGUGCACUCAUUGACCACUGUAUUAAUACUUUCAGUAACAGAUAAUUCUAGAAGCAUGAUAAUGUUCGAAAAGAAUACAUAUUUCUGUCUCCACGUCGAUUAUUUUAGCUUUGGCUGAUUGCUUGUGAGCUCUGCAUUUGAAGUCUUCUGAAUCAAUAACAUUUCUUUUAAAGUUUUCUAUUAUGCCUGUAGACUUUGUCAGAGCUAACCAUCAUUCUCCAAGUUUGCCUCGACUAACUGAUACGGUGUUUCAGCAUUGUUUCUCUCCACCGCUCACUAGGCUGUACCCUGAUAGCUCACCUAUUUGACGUUGAUGAACCAGCUAAAGCAUGAUUGCAUUCCUUGUCAUUCAUCCAUGCUGUAUACAUGUACAAUGCAUUAUACUUCGAGAGUAGAUCUACAUGUACGCAUGUACGCAUGUAUGCGAUACUAUCUUUUAAAUAAGUUCUCGUAACAUUUUGUCCUCCUUUUUCACCAUAAAUAAGUUCUCGUAACAUUUUACUUUUCAUUCAUAAGAACAUAGUGCUAGUGGUAGGUUCACAUCUUACACCACAUUCUCUUAUUUUCACAAACGUUUAUCUGAUCUUUUGCUGGCGGAAGACAGGAAAACUCUGCAAAGUGCCA